AGACGCAUUAUUCGAAAAAGCUAAUGUAAGUACUUUAAAAAUAUGGAAAGUAUGUCGACGUUUCGAGCUAUAACGGCGGAGGGGGAAGCUUUUCUGUUUACUUGGCAUUGCCAGGCUUUUCAGGUAUACUAUUAGUUACUAUUAUGGUAUACAGUAUUCUAUCGACACGAUAGGUUCAAACGCUGGAUAAGGUAUUCUAUGCGCAGCACAUUUAUCAAAGAUUAAGUACGUUGAUGGAAUUUCAGGUAUACACUGCAGGUAUAUACAAUAUAUUCCAGGGAAUAUUGGGUAGUAUGAUUGAGUAAAUCGGCGUUUUGAAAAUCCACUGGCCAAACAUAAUUGCUAGACAAUAUUUGAACAAUGAAUUUCCGUUUUCGUUUCUAGCGAGCAACUUGAAAAGAAAUAUAAUAUGAGAAAUAUUCCGAAUAAUAACAUGACUCAUAAUAUUAAAAUAUUUAUUUGCAAGUGGUAGCUAAACUUGCUUCAAACACUCAUUAAUAAUUCAUUUCGUGUCAAAUUUUACAUUCGAAUAAAGCUACAAAAUUUAUACGUACUUAUGAUUCAUAAAUGUUCGUCCUGUUUAAGUAUAUCCAAAGUGUCUGCGUAACGUCAAUGUCGCCUUCAGAUAUAAUUCAGAUGUCAUGUUGUUAUCACUGGAAAAAAAGUGAAAUCCAUGCUACGAAAUUUGCAAUUGCACCACUAAAUCCAUAGUAUAUCCAUCCUAUUUGCAUAAUAUAUUCAUACUUUGGAAAUAUAUAAUUAUUAUGGAUAAGCAAUAUCCAUUUUAAUUCCAAUAAAGGACCAUACAAUUUCCAUUCUAUGACCUUCUGUGGAUUUUCAAUUUUUUUUCCAGUGCAUGUUACAUAAUUAUUGCAGCCUUGGCUCAUUUAGUUAAUAUGUUAACUGAUCUCCGCGGAAUAUAGUCUUAUCCACGCUUUGUAAUAAUAAACAUACAUGGAGGCUCCGUUCACACGAAUAUGAUCAUUUCUUCGCUGUUCUGCAUUGUUGAGUACCAUGCAACUAAGUCAUCAAUCGGCCGAUUAAGAACAUAUCGUUUGCUUCUGGGAUAACCGUAUACAUUGAAACAGAGUAGACACUAUACAGAAGACGGAAUUCUUGGUUUUGCCUUCACUUUUGGGGCAACCGUUGAAAUAUUGUCGCCAUUUUCCUAGCCAGCUGGCUUACGAGAAGAAUUAACCCCCCUGAAAUCAUUCAAAGUGGUGGACGUUAAGGGGGUGCCGGGUGGGGCGAAUACCUCCCGUAUUCCCAUUGGCUAUCGAAGGAUGACAAGUGCAUUUUGAUGAUGAAUAAAUGCCAACCAUGGCGUGACGAGGGUUACGCUUUCUUGGCUCAGACGGCGUAUGAUCUCUAUUCUAUUUAGCAUUGUUUCCCUUGUCAAUGAAGAUAUCAGAGCAGACGAAAUUUCGUACUGUUCCGAACUCGUGCGGUCUUUCGGAAAACUUGGCUUUGUUAAUGAAUUUAAACAGAACCACGUCAACAGUUUUCGGUGACAUUUUGGAAUGGCAACAACAAAAUAAUGUGAAAACCGAAAUUAUGAAUGCCGUAACUCUAAACUUUUUAGAAGACGCGCGGUACUCCAAAUGCUUUUGCACCGAUUGAUGCAUUCUUGCUGGAUAAUUGCUUAACCGCUAUUGGAGUCGAAUCUAUAACCUCGACUGAACAACGCUCCAUACAAACUGGACGACCAUGUAAAGUUUGUUAAUGCGGUUGCUCGCUGAGCGUUCGAAUCCCACAAACAUUCGACCUGAACCCAGGAUGACAGCAACAUCAUAAAUCCUCUACUAGAAAUACAUGCAUGCAGCAACCCCUCACCUAUAUUUUCCAAACAUCGAAUUAAGAUGAAGUAUUUGGAUAUGGCCAAUACUGAACGCAGGCUCGUUCAAGUGUUGCCAUGACAACACGAUAUUUUUAAAUUUACAUUUUUUUAUAUUUUUUUGUACAAAACAGCAAAAUAGUUAAAAGAUUAGGACUUUAGCUAUACAACAAUAAAUUUCCGAAAUAUAUACUGUAUUUAUGUUAUUCUGCUUUUUGUGUGUUUUGAUUUCAUCCCCGACCCGACGGCGCGAAGCGCCGUGCGAGGGUACUAAUUCCCCCCGGCUAUUUACACCCGGGGAAACGAAAGCAUUAGCCAAGUCUAAAGUUUAUCAAUUAUCGCGGGCGUGGGUGACCAACGAUGGGUGGUCAUCCUCACUGAUCUCAAAAAUAUGCCGGACUGUCAUGAAUAGCGGACACUGAUUGGUCCAAUUCAAAGUUUGAUUAUAACGACUGCAUGACGACAGCGAAAUAGCAAACAUUUCUUGAUUUGAUAAUUGAUAAAUUUCUUGCAAAUAUAUUUCAUUUUUGCUCGCAUUUUUGCAAGAUUUUGUAAAUGUCAAGAAAGGAAGGGCGAAAGAAUCGGCUAAAAGAAGGGUGCCGACGUUAACGAAGGUAGUUUCGUUUUAAAUAUUGAUUGUGUGAUGGUUUUAAAACCCGACGGCCUUUGGCAUUGCGUAUAUGAAACAACUAUAAAAAAAGACAGCAUAUAAUUUUAGUGUAUCUUUAAUAUUUAUUCCCUUUUUUAUGAUAUUGAAUUUUUUAAAUAAAAAAGAAAGCAAAGUUAUUUGCAAGCGAGAAUUUGAAAUCAUAUUAUUGCAAACUCAAAGUUUAUCGAUAAAACCAUUUUAAAAGGCAGUUUAGUUUUAUAAAGAACACUAGUGACUUUAAAACGUUUUGCGAAGCGUUUGUCGUUGAAUUUUACCUUAAAUUGAGGCUUAUAUUACGUAUAAUAACAUAUAUACCUAACAUAUAUAUGUUGGGAAAUUAAUAAUUUUGAAAUUAAAAGUGAUAUUUUUAGGCCAUUUUUCAUUUGUAAGAUUGUAAGAAUAUUCUUAAAAAAUUAUCGUGUUACCAUGACAACUACUUUAGAUACUUCAUGUUCGGAAAAUACAAUGGUUUUGUCAGCAAGGCUGAGGCGAGGGUUUCUGCAUGCAUGUAUUUUCUAGUUUAACUAUUAAAACUACAUUUGCCGUAAAUAUGAUAAGUUCAAAUUGUUCGGUAAUUUCAGUUCCGACUUCAAAUCAAUUUGUUCUCCUUUACAUUUUAAGAUUCUUUCUUAAAUUAAACAGGAUAAUUAAGUUAGGAAACUUACAGCUUCGUUAGAAAGGAAAGUAGUUCAUGUUUUAGGCAAAAGUUAAAGCAACAAAAUUCAUUAACAUUAAUAAUUCAAAGCAAACUUGCCCCAAUUUUCACGAUUUCGCAUAGUCCAUCAAUUUUUCUUAUUUCUUCAAACAUUAAUUGCUUCAAAGCUCAUUGUGUGAAACGUGAUUUUCCAAAUAUAUGUUUCAGUUGGAAAAUUGAAAUAUUGCUUAUACCACUCCUGGCAAACAGCCAUAUUUUUUAGAUCAGUGAGGUCCACCCAUGAACCAUAGUCACGCGCCCGCGAUACUUGAUUAACUUUAGACUUCGCUAGUGCUUUCCUUUCCCCGGGUGUAAAUAGCCGGGCGGAAUUAGUACUCUCGCCCCGGGCUUACGCCCGGAACGGCGCUCCGCGCCGUUGGCUCGGGGAUAAUUAACGCCAAGGGGAAUAUGUUAUUUCAAGACAUGUUGCUGUUGUAAAAAGAUGAUAUUUUUGUGAAAAUUAUGAACAUAUCAAAGAAUGGCUUUGUUAAAACAAGAAAACGACUUGAUAAAGGAUUUACGAAAGGCAAAGUAAAACAGACUCAUGCCCUCAUUUCGAUUAUUGCAGUGAGGUAUGGGAUACCUUGGGCAUUGGCCUUUCAACUCGUCUUCAAAAACUGCAGAAUAGCGCGGCGAGAAUAGUAAUGGGUAUGACAAAUGAUACCCCUGGAUUAGAAGCAAUUACUGCCUUAGGGUAGGAAACUCUUGAGUCUCAACGAGCUAAGUCUAAGGCAGUACAAAUGUACAAAGUUUUAAAUGAUUUGGCUCCAAAUGCACUUGUUAAUCUUUUUAUGCGUAAAAGUGAUGUCACAGAUUACGAGCUAAGGGGUUCCUCUACAUCACUGCAAAUCCCUUUUCCCAGGACUGAAAAUAUUAAGAAAAGUUUUUUUACGAUGGGGCGAAAUUGUGGAAUUCCUUACCUGAAGAUUUGCGUGAUUAGGCUACCUUGCCAAUAUUUAAAAGUCGAAUUAGUGCUCACAAUUUCUCAUAAUAUAAUGUAAAUAUAAUUACUAUGGUAUAAUAUUAGGUUGACUAUUGUAAAUAUGUUCAUUUUUAAUGUUUGCUACUAUUUAUAAUGUAAUUGACACGUCCCUCGUGGAAAUCAGCGAAAGUUGACGAGGCUAGCGUGUGAUUUUUAAAUAAAGUUUAUCAUCAUCGUCAUGCAUUCAUACAUUAUGUUAACAAACAAAGUCAUUUCAAAAGCCCUUGGCCAGAGAAAGUUUUGUCAAAUUUUGGGAAAUUGCAACACGAAUAACUCAGUCAGCCUCAAUAUUAUAUACUACUAAUUACUAUAUUAUCUUUGUACACAUUCGAAGCAUCACGAAGAACAUCUCCUUUAAUUAUUAUUUACUCCUACCCCUAAAUUUGAUAUUUCUACUUUGAAAUGAACGAACGCCUUGGAAAAUGCAGCCCAAAACUUUGUAUACAAUACAGGCCCAUGGCGUGAACGUGAAUGAAAACUAUAUUAAACAAAUUCUUUCGGCUGAAACCUUCUUUAGAAUAUUCAAACUUUUGAAUGAACAGGAUUUUUAAUUAUAAUCUAAAAAAAAUAUUUCAUGGGGAAAAUUAAAUGAAAAAGCUUGUUGUUCAGCGAGACAGUUUUGAGAUUUUUUUAAAAAAUCAUCAAUCGAAAUUUCUCGUCCGACUAUUAUUUUGAUUUCAGUUAUCGAAAUCUAGCAUUAUUUGGAUUUUAGUUAUCGAAAUCGAACAUUUAUUGACCAAUUGGAAUGUAGGCAAUUUAUACUGAAUUGUUUACAGUUCUCUAACGAGAGUCUAAAUGCCCUUCUUCUGAACAGAAUGGAACGAUAUUUUAUUGGCUACGGGGAAAAUUACGGUGGUUCCAACAACCACAUAGUACAGGCUAAACUAAGUGUUUAGGUUUAUAUAAUUUCUUUAUUAUUUUUUAUCUAUUUAUAUAUAGGGUGAAUAAUAACAAUGAACGCAAAAUUUCACCGAAAAGAUAAAGCAAACUUCAUAUCUAAAGUCACACUCUGGUGGAUUGUUGAUCUUCUGUUGCGAGGACGAGUCAAGCCAAUAAAUCAAGAUGAUCUUGAUCCUGUCAGAGAAGAGGAUCGCUCGGAGUAUCAAACGAAAUUAUUGGAGAAGAUUUGGCAAAAUGAAAAGAUCUCAGCCAAUCAAGCAAAGAGAAAACCUAAACUCUGGAAAGCAAUGCUAAAAUAUUUUUCGUGGAAAGAAUAUGGAUUUCUAAGUUUUCUGUGUUUCGUUAUCAUGGCUGGAAAUAUUUUGUGUCGCUAUUCUGUUCUGAAGAUAAUUUACGCUUUGAGGAGUAGUAAUGAGCAUGAUCUCCAAUCCAGAAACCAGUAUCUCGUGAACGUAUGGGGAGUGAUUGCUGGAUAUUUACUUACAAAUUUUUGCACUCGACAUUUUAAUAUGAUCACACCCAGUUUGGGAAUAAAAUCUAGAGCAGCUCUUGUUGGUUUGAUCUACAAAAAGGUAAGUAUUUUUUAUCGUAUUUCAAGGUAAAGUUAGGUUUCGUGAGAUCAGAAACUAUAUUCCCUUAUUGAAGAUGUAUGGCACAGAUUGAGUGCUGAUUAAAUUCCAUGUGAAGAAAAACAGCUAUUUCCGGUCUCACUUGUAAACCGUUAAGAAUUUUACGAAAAUAAAAAAACACGUUGUUAACUGCGGGAAUUUUAUUUUCUCUCUUCAGUAUUUAAUUGAGGUCUGUUUUAACCUUUCAGGGCAAUCUUACAUUUUCGAAAUUAAUUUCCCCACUGAAAGAACUAUAUAUUCGUAAAUUUAAUGGACAAUUUUUUAAUUACAGGUGUUGACAUAUAGUAAAGCAACGAUAAACGCAGGCGAAAUAAUGGAAUUAGUAUGCAAUGAUACACAAUGUUUAGUCACAAUGGCAGACAGAACAUUCCCAUUUUUGAUUCGAAAGUGUAUUGCGGCUGCAAUAUACAUCAGCUGGCUUUUAUUCUUGUAUGGUUGGACAAUCAUUCCUGGCCUCCUUGUUUUUGCCAUUCUCUCUUUAUUUCGUAUCUUAAUCACGGAAAUCGAUCUUAAUUUACGACGAAAUGCUUCACACGUAGCAGAAGAACGCCUUGGAUACCUUCGAGAGGUUUUUACGAAGAUUCAAUUUGUCAAAUUGAAUUGUUUGGAACAUAUAUACGAGAACAAGAUUAAAACGACAAGAUGGUAAGUAUUUAGCCUUGUUGCCCAAAAAGUCUGGCGGUAAUAUACACCAAAACCACUAGCGGUAAAUUGUGACAUUACAUCGUUUACAACCAUGCACACUUUUAUUAUUUUUUGCGGGAAGACAUUCAGUUGAUGAUUUUUCGAAAUUUAUAUUUUGAAAAGUCUAAUUGCGGAACAGAACAAGGAUACUUGUUGACUAUAUCCAAUGUAAUGUUAACUCUAUAUGGCUAUAAACGUCUAUAAUUUGCGCUUUUUAACGUUUGUACGAAUGUGCCGUGUUUUAUGUCAAAGUACUAGUUUAAUAUCUAAAAAUGUAGAUAGUGAACACAACUUUUUGAAAAAUAGAUCUUCCAAAAGGCUGUUAUGUGCGG